CAGUCAAGCCACAGCAAUGUCAGACAAGUCGCCAGAGAGACUCCAAGGAGACCCCAAGCCAAGCGCUUCACCUGUUCGCUCUCGCCCAGAGCCUGAAUCUGAACAACCAGCUCCCAAACGUGUUAGGUCCAAUGCGGAUGAUAAAGGAAGAGGAAGGCGGCUGUUUGGUAACCUCUUGGGCACACUUCAAAAGUUCAAGACCGAGGACAAGUCUAGCCGUGUUACCGAAGCUGCAAAGCGAAGGGAAGAGUUGUCAGAGAGAAUAACAAAGAAACUCCAAUCUGAAACGGCGCUUAACCAUGAUAUUCAAGAAACAGACAGAGAACUCAAGACAUUGCGGAUUGCGACCGACACUGCCGAAGCUUUAUGGAGACAAAAGGACAUUGCUCUCUCAUCCCGCCACGCCUUGUUAAGACCUACCGCUCAUUUCCUGCACACUUCUCUGCCCCUCCCGCAUCCUCCUGCAUUUGAAACUAACCUCUUGAACCCUGCUCCUAUACCUAUAUCAACAGGUCCCACCAGGGACCCGCCGGUGAAAUCUGAUCUUCCCCCGUUGUAUUUCUUGCCAAAGAUUUUGAUGCCGCAUCAGGACGAUUUAAUCAAGAGUCAAGUAGCCAACAUUGAAGAGCUUAUCUCUGAAGAAGUAGCUGCCCUUGCCGCUGAGCGUGAGCAAAUCAGGACAACCACGAGGGAGAAUAGGAAGCGGAUGGAAGAGCUUUCUGCCAAGCUGUCCGAGCUUCGUAAGCAAGUGAGAACGACCAAGGAUAAAGACUCGACGGGUCCCGAUCACGAGAAGGGCGAGAGUCGAAUGAGGACGGAUGAUCUUGGUCGAGCGCCGCGGGAGGAGAUGAUGGAGGUUGAUGACAAGUCUAAAAAUGAAAAGAGCAAGGAUGUGAGGGAUGAAAAGGAAAAAGGUGUCAAGAUUGAGGGAGAUGAAGGGGAUAUCGAGGUGGAGUACUAAGCUCUCGGUGCGUUGUCAAACGAGUUCUUUUUUUGUGAAGAG